GAAUCUAUUGCCGUCGAAAAACCUCCAAGCUAGAGAACCGAAAAAACUCUGUGCUAGGGUUUUGCGAAAGUUCCGAUCUAGUUAAGCGAUUAGGUUGUGGGAAAAGGUUUUUUUGGUUAAUUGAAAGAUGGCUCGGGCCUUGAAGUACACCUUUAGCGAUUAUGCGAGGAACGCAGUGAGUAGAGAGGCCUUGCUCGAACCGACUAAGCUCCAGAGAGAAAUGGAGAAAAAUGGCAAGAGUCAGAGGAAGAAAGAGAGAAGGGAGAUAAAGGGACAAGGGCGUAAAGAGAAGGAUGAGUCCAUACCUGGUUAUGUUACUCUUCACAACGUGAAAAGCCUUGAUGACAAAAAGUGUUUCCAGCAAAAGAAGGGUAAAAAAGGGGAAGCAAAGGGAUGGUGUCCUCAAAAAAUUGAACAUGAAGCUGAUCAACUGGAGAGAAGUGACAUUACGAACGAACAUGGGCUGCCAACCUGUAUUGAGAACAAUUGCUACUUGUCUGAUGGAACCCAAAGCAGCAAGAAAAGCAAGCCUUUGAUCGUUCGCAUUAAAUUGCUUAAGCACAGUGAACCAGAUGCCUCACUUGCGUGCUCUCCUUCUGGAAGGGUAGAUUUGCUUCCUCCAGAGAGAACGGAAGUUGUUCUUGCACCCAGUCAACCCAGUGCAGAGACAAAUGUAGAACUCAAGCGGGUCUCUUCAAAACCUGACCAAGAUUUACCCUGUUCAACAUCAGAGGGGAUCAAAACGAUUGGUCAGAAGAGAAGUGCGAGUGCUGCAUUUGAAGAUCAGAUUCAGAGUGAAGAUUCACUCCAUGCAACUCUGAUUGAGAAUUGGAUCCCUCCCCUGAUUCAAUUUGCCGAUGUUGGUGAUGGUGAUGAAGAAUGGCUCUUUGGGACGAAGCAUCAAAACAGAUGUGGGUCCAAAAGAUUUAAAGCUGCUAACAAUGAGGUCUCCAGUUGUAUGAGGAGCACGCUGUGGCCACAAGCACAGUGGUUGUUGGAGGCUGGCGUAUAUGCAUUACCCUUCACGGUUCCAUUCUAGUUUCUUGUCCAUUUCAAAUGCGUGCCUUGAGAAUUGCAAUUGCUGCUCAACGGAUGGCCAGCGUAACUCGGGGUAGCAGUGGCACAGUCACGCUCUUUGUUGAGAUACUGAACAAGUACCUCUACUUCUUUGAGAAAGGAAACCCCCAGAUUACAAGUGCUGCAAUACAGGGAUCGGUGGAGUUAAUUAAAACUGUGAUGCAAAGCGACUCUACAAAUGUGAGUCCAGCCCCAGAUGCAUUUUUCAGCAGCACGUUGCGGUACAUACAGUUCCAGAAACAGAAAGGUGGGGUAAUGGGCGUGAAAUAUGCCCCUAUCAAGGUCUGACACUGGGUUAAAGAGAUUGUCAUAUUUGAGGACAAUAAAGUUUGGGGUUGAGAGGAAGAACGAUGAGGAGAGCCGUCGUGUGAGGAUAGUCUACGAAAAAUGCCCCUGAAUCCUAAAUGAGGAGCAGCUAUGUGCAGUUUCUUUUCCUCUUUACCUUUAGGCAGUUGGUGCUUGUCAACAGGACAAAGUCCUUCUAGCGUGCAAAAGCUCUACAUGAAGUUUGGGAUUGACAUUGCAGCGAAGCUUGUUAUUUAUUUAUUUAGUUUUCUUUUUCUGGGAAAUGAUAUUGUUAGAUUUCAAGUUGAUUGGAGACCUGAAGGAUUAUUCUGUAUGCAACUCAGUUGAAAUUGUAUGAUGUAUAAUUAGUGCCUGUUUGGCAUU